GAACUAGAAUAUUCCGAUCAUGGUGGCAUCGUGGAACUCGAUUCCGCUCGAGAUCACUUACAGAGUUUUGGGGUGGUUGACCUUCACGUUCUGGUCCGUCGGCUUCUAUCCUCAAGUCAUCUUGAACUUUCGUCGGAAAAGUGUUGUGGGGCUGAGCAUCGACUUUGUGGUGCUCAAUUUCACGAAGCACUCGUCGUAUCUCAUCUACAACGCCACUCUCUACUUCAGCUCCGCCGUUCAGAAGCAGUACUUUGACAAGUACGGUUUCGGAGAGAUGAUACCUGUAGCUGCAAAUGAUGUUGCAUUCUCUGCUCAUGCCGUUUUUGUGACAGCAGUUAUGCUCUUCCAAAUUGCAAUCUAUGAACGAGGAAGUCAGAAAGUAUCUAAAAUUGCAGUUGGAAUUGUGGUUGCUGUGUGGCUAUUUGCUGCAAUUUGUUUCUUCGUAGCCCUGCCGACUCAUUCUUGGCUUUGGCUCAUCUCCAUCUUCAACUCAAUUCAAGUGUUUAUGACGGUCAUCAAAUAUACUCCCCAGGCAUACAUGAACUUCAUAAGAAAGAGCACAGAUGGAUUAAGUAUUUUCUUUAUUCUACUCGAUUUUUCGGGAGGAGUUGGAAGCUAUGCACAAAUGGCUGUGCAAUCUAUUGAUCAAGAUUCUUGGGUGAACUUUUAUGGAAACAUAGGGAAGACACUGCUAUCUUUGAUAUGUGUAUCAUAUGAUCUUCUUUUCAUUUUCCAACAUUUUGUUCUGUAUCCUUCCAAGAAGGCACUGAUAUCUCCCAAAGUUGUCAUCAGCAAGGAGAACUUGGAGCCCCUUGUCAGUUCUGAUAGUCACCAAGUGUCUGAAAAUGUAUAG